UACUUUUUGUGUAUAUACAAGUAGUUAACUUAAAAUUCUUAUAAUCAUUGAAGUACACAAGAAACACCAACCUCAAAAAAAUUCCAAAUGAGAAAUAAUUUUCCAUUUUAAAGAUUUCACAUAAUUGUCAAUGGCUCCAUGAUUAUCAUAGUCUAGCUUAUGCUUUUGGAAUGGUGAAAAAAGAUUCUCUUUCUCAUGUCAUAGCUGUACCACCUACUAAUACAAAAUACCAAACUAUAAAAUCUCUUCAUUCUCUGCUAGGAAAAUUCCUUUUUUAUAGCUUAUUGUUGUUGUCUUAUUAAUCAACUGUUCUUUUCUUCCCUUUAAAAAUUGCUACAAAAAUUAUUUUACUUUUUUCAUUAUCUGCAUAAACUUUGCUACAUAGUUUCAAUAGACAACACAUUUAUUUCUUCAGUUGAGAUUUGGUAUUUAAUCUUGUUUUUUUUUUUUUUCAAUCUUCAAAACCCCAUUUGAGUAUUAGAAGAGUAAUGCAUAUUGAACCUACCAAAGUAACAAAAAAUGGCAAAUCUAGUUCCUGGGGUGCUUUUAAAGUUAAUGCAGCAUAUGAACACAGAUAUAAAAGUGGGUGGUGAACAUAGAUCAUCAUUGUUACAAGUUGUGAGUAUUGUUCCAGCAUUAUCAGGUGGAGAUUUGUUUACAAAUCAAGGCUUUUAUGUUAAGGUUUCUGAUUCAUCACAUGCUACUUAUGUUUCUCUACCUGAUGAACAUGAUGAUCUAAUCCUUAGUGAUAAGAUUCAGUUAGGACAGUUUGUUUUUGUCGAUCGGUUAGAAGCUGCUUCGCCUGUUCCGAUUAUUCGUGGUGUUAGGCCUGUUCCUGGUAGACAUGCUUGUGUUGGAACACCUGAAGAUAUUGUUGCAACUAACUCACUUGGUUUUCUUAGCAAUGUUUCUGAGGUUAAGGUUAAGGUUAAUAAGAAUGGUGUUAGUUCGAAGUCGAUGAUGAAAGUGUUGGACAAUCAUCAAGAACAAUUGGAUAAGAAAUCAUUGGUUUUUGGUAGAAGUAAAUCUCAAACAACAAAAGAUUCUUCUGUUGUUGAUUUUGUGAAGAAGGAAAAGUUACCAAGAUUGAAGUCAUUGAAUUCAAGGAGUAUUGUUCCUUCUUCACCUACUAGUUGCUAUUCUUUGUCACCUUCUUUUGAGAAAUUUUCUAAUAGUGUUAAGCAACAAGGAAAUAUUAAUGGAGUCGAUAAGCUAAUUGCUAAGGUGGGAGUGGUGGAGACAGGAAAAGGCGGUCGCGGUAUUAGUCCUCUCGGGAAGAGAAUUGCAGUUGGAAAUUCGAUCAGAAAUUUGGUUCAAGGAAUUGAGCUUGGUGCUAAAGCGUUGAGGAAAAGCUGGGAAGGGAACAUGGAAGUUAAGAAUAAUAAAGAGAAAUUAAGGGCUUCUUCGAAGAGUGAUCUUAAGCCGGAAUUUCGUAGCACAACUCCUAGGAAAAGUACAUCAAGUGAGAAGUUUCCAUCUAGAGAUUAUGAGAGUAAGACACAAGCAUCAACCAAGUCGUCUUCUAAGGAAGAGAACAAGAUUCAGAAAUCUAUAAAGAAAGUUGUUGGCGAUGGUACUACGGAAGAACAAGAGAAGUUAAGUAAGCCAAGGAAUUCUUUCGGAAAGAAGUCAUCAGAAGCCGGACUUCCUGGAAACUUGGUCAAGGUUUCGAUAAAUAGUAAAAAAGUGACAGAUGCAAGUAUUCAAUGGACUUCACUUCCUUCAUCCAUUGCAAAACUUGGCCGGGAAGUAAUGAAGCAUAGAGAUGCAGCACAGAUGGCAGCAACUGAGGCUAUGCAAGAGGCUGCUGCUGCCGAUAGUUUGCUGCAAUGUCUUAGUGUAUAUGCAGAGCUAAGUAAUUCUGCUAAGGAACAUAACCCUCAGCUUACAAUUGAUCAAUUUUUAACUCUUCACACGAGUUUGAAUAGUGCGUGGAUGAUCACAGACUCACUUUCUAAAACCAUUUCAGACAGUUCAUCUCAAGAUAAUGAAAGAAUCACAACAGAAGAAGAACUAAAACUCAAAUCAGAUAGGCAAAAGCUUGCAGCUUCUUGGGUUCAAGCUGCAUUAUCCACUAAUCUAUCAUCCUUUUCUGUUUAUAGCCAAGAACCUCUAUCAUCGAAGCUUGCAGUUUCGACUACAAGUAACUCUCAAAAUCAAAAGAAUGUCCUCGGAAGUAAACCAAUUUUAGUCCUAGAAAAUUCAAGAGAAGACGCUUCAACAAAAUCUCAAGGAAAAACCCGUCAGGGAGCUGCUAAUUCCAAACAAACGUUACAAGGAACUCCGCGAAAACAAGGUGAUGGAUUAUCAAAUGGGAAAAAGCAACUAGUCCAACCUCUUCCAGAUUGGAUUAGAGGAAACAGCGUUGAUGAGGCGGUUAAUUUGGCUGACAUGCUACAAUUGCGAUCACGAGAUUGGUUUUUGUUGUUUAUUGAGAAAUUCCUAGACAGUGAUGGAGACAGUGGUUUGUCAAACAAUGGUGAAAUAGCAGGCAUGCUCACUCAACUAAAAAGCGUAAACGAUUGGUUGGACAAGAUAGGAUCAAGCAAGAAUGAGAACGAGUCGUGCCAGAUACCGGUAGAGACAAUUGAGAGACUCAGGAAGAAAAUAUAUGAAUAUCUUCUUACACAUGUUGAAUCUGCUGCUGCUGCACUUACUUGUGACUCACAAUCAUCAGAGAUUAAAGGGAAAAAGUGAUAUAUGAAUAAAUGAUGAGUACAUAGCUUAGCUUAAAAUUGCAUUUUCCACUUUUUUUUUUGUACAUAAAUCCUACAUGUUUGAGGUAUAGUUGGGAGUGGUGUGCUGAUUUUGAGAAGUAGUAAAUGUGAGGAUUUUAGUUUUCUUUUCCUUUUACAAAGUUAUUGUAUGAUAAGAGGCCGUUUGUUAUAGCUAUCAUUUAGUUUUCUUUUCCUCUUAUCAUUUUUAUAGAUUAAAUAGUGAUUAAAUGAUAAGAGGCCGUUUGUUAUAGAUUAAAUGAUCCGUAAACGAUAAACUACCCAAUGAACUCAACAUCUUGUAGUAUAUAACUGAAAGGAUGAUGGUUCAACUGUUUCAAUUUGUAUAAAUAUCAUUUUUUAAUCCUGA